AUGUUUAAACGGUGGCUGCUGGCCAUGACGGCCCGCGUUGGCCUCAUCCUGGCGGGCCUAUGCUGCUGCCUGUCCCUGUUCUACCUCCUGGCGUGUAAACCCGCGUCUCGCCGCAGCCAGCAGUCAUUGCCGUGGUCUGGAGGGACCACAAACAAGGAGGGAUACCUGGCCUUGUUGCAGGAGAGGGAGGACUCUCACAGACAUUACAUCAACAGCCUGACAAAGCAGAUAGCCCAGCUGAAGGAUGCUCUGCAGGAGAGGACACAGCAGCUGCAGGAGUCCCUGGAUAAAGCCAAGACCAAAGGGAUUCUGCCUCAGGGUCUGGAGAGUCUGCACAAAACCCCGACCCAGUCCGACCUGAAGGAGUUCUUCCGCUCCCAGCUGAACCAGGCGGAGGUCAACUCAGGUGCGAAGCUGUCCAGCGAAUACGCAGUGAUUCCUUUCGACACUUUGACUCUGCACAGGGUGUACCAGCUGGAGACGGGGCUGACCAGGCACCCGGAGGAGAGGCCUGUGAGGAGAGACCGCCGGGACGAGCUGAUCGGCACCGUGGAGACGGCCCUGCACGUCCUGAAUGGACCUCAGCAGCACACGGACAACACCAGGAGGAAACACACCUACUCUCCCUCGGACUUCAUAGAGGGGCUGACCCGUCUUGAGCGGGACAGAGGAACGGUCUAUGAGCUGAUGUUUAAAGGCGACGGGCCGCGGGAGUUCACGCAGCUCGUGCUCUUCAGACCCUUCGGCCCCGUGGUGAAGGUGAAGAGCGAGAGCGUGGACACUCGGAACAUCAUCAUCAACAUCAUCGUGCCUCUGUCCAAGAGGCCGGACGCAUUCAGGCAGUUCAUCAGCAACUUCAGAGAAGUUUGCAUCAAGCAGGACGGCCGGGUUCAUCUCACUGUCGUCUACUUCGGCCGGGAUCAGAUAGACCAGGUGAAAGCCGUGCUGGACCAGACCUCCAGAGAGACUCGGUUCAGGAGCUUCACUCUCAUCCAGCUGAACGAGGAGUUUUCUCGAGGUCGAGGUUUGGACGUGGGCGCCAGGGCCUGGAGGCGGAGUCAGAACGUCCUGCUCUUCUUCUGUGAUGUUGACAUCCACUUCACAGCUGACUUCCUAACAUCCUGCCGUCUCAAGGCAGAGCCUGGUAAGAAAGUGUAUUAUCCAGUUCUCUUCAGUCAGUACAACCCAUCUAUCAUCUACAGCAAUCAAACACUUCUACCCUCUAUUCAACAGCAGCUGGUGAUAAGGAAGGAAACAGGAUUCUGGAGAGACUUUGGGUUUGGCAUGACAUGUCAGUACAGGUCUGAUUUCAUCAACAUAGGCGGUUUUGACCGUAACAUUAAAGGUUGGGGGUUGGAGGACGUGCACCUGUACAGGAAGUAUCUGCACAGUAAGCUGAUGGUGAUUCGCUCUCCGUCUCGAAGCCUUUUCCACCUGUGGCACGAGAAGAACUGUGCGGACGAGCUUCCACCGGACAAAUACAAGAUGUGCAUGCAGACCAAGGCCAUGAGCGAAGCCUCGCACAGCCAGCUGGGGGAGCUCUUCUUCAAAUCAGAGAUAGAAGCUCAUCUGAACUCAAAGAAGCAGCAGAGCUGA